AUGGAAGAAAAUCGAACACAGCAAACAUCCCAAGUAGCGGUUGUUUUUGACCCUAAUGAUUCGAGUAGCCCGUACUAUGUGCACUUAGGAGAAAAUCCUUCAUUGGUAUUGGUCACGACGCCUUUAAAUGAGACCAAUUACCAUACCUGGAGUAGAACCAUGAAAAUGGCUUUAUUGUCAAAAAACAAGCAUGGCUUUGUUGACGGCACUAUCAAAGUUCCUAACAAAACUGAAGCUUGUUACACAGCUUGGGAAAGGGCCAAUAAUAUGGUUCUAUCUUGGAUUCUACAUUCAGUCAUUCCCAUAAUUGCUCAAAGUGUUCUUUGGCUUGCUACUGCCAAAGAAGUAUGGGAUGACUUAAAAGAACAUUUUUCCCAAGGUGACAUAUUUCGUAUCGCAGAUCUGCGAGGAGAAAUCUAUAGUAUAAAACAAGGGGACUUAUCUAUUAAUGAAUAUUUCACAAGGUUCAAGUUGCUUUGGGAUGAGUUGUUAAAUCUAUUGCCUUUACCAACGUGUGUCUGUGCACAAAGAUGCGGGUGUGAGUUGUUGACUAAGAUUCAGGAACGCCAUCAACAAGAACUUGUCACCACCUUUCUAAGAUGCCUGAGUGACGUUUAUGGGGGAGUGAAAUCUCAGAUCAUGGUGAUGACCUCGCUGCCUAAAGUAGGUAGAGUUUUUUCUCUUGUUCAACAACAAGAGCGAGAGGCUUUCCACGGCAAUACUGGUCUUGGGCGUAUUGAGGACAAUUCAAGUAUGGUUCUUGCUGCUGGACCGCCAGUAUCGUCAGGUAUGUCUUUUCAACGCAAGUUCAAUUCCAGCAAUAAUAAAAAGGUUGUUUGCAGUUUUUGUGGUUAUACGGGGCAUACCGUAGAAAAGUGUUAUCGGAUACAUGGAUAUCCUCCGGGUUUUAAAAGCCGAGGUAAACAAAAUAGUAAUCAAAGGCCUGCUGCAAACUUUGUUGGUACUCUGUCUAAUUCAGAUGGUUCUACAAAGGUCACAGAUGGCUGUUUUGACGUUAGAGUAAAUUCUGACUUUGGGGUUGAAAGCAAGGUAAAUGCUAUUAUUAGUUCUGGGAACCCUCAAAAUUCUAAUUUACCUGCUGCUGCUCAACCAAGUAAGAUGAAGAGUGCUGUUUAUACCACAUCUCGACCCAUGCAGGAUGACAAUAAGGGUAAACUUUUUUCUUUAUACACUGAUUGGAUAUUUGAUACUGGUGCUACUGAUCACAUAAUAAACUUUGUUUCGGGUCUUUUUAAUUCUUUUCAAGUUCACAACUUUUCUGUGGUUUUGCCAACUGGGAGUAAAGAAGUUGUUACACACAUAGGUUCUAUUAAAUUAACUGAGCAUAUUAGCCUCAAAGGUGUUUUGUGUGUUCCAGGUUUUGAGAUUAACUUGAUUUCAGUAAGCAAAUUAGCCAAAGAUUCUGGUUGUAGUUUGUCUUUUUUUGCUGACUAUUGUGUGAUUCAGAGUGGUCAGGAUCAGAAGGAGAUUGGUUUAGCUAAAGAGGACAAAGGGCUGUAA